ACAGGUAAGACUUUAUGACAGUAAACAACGGUCCAAAGUCAUCGCCAAAAGACGCUAAAGACCAGAGGGAAAGCAAGAAAAUCCUUUGGUUAACCGAACCAGACACCAAGCAAAAGCUAAGUACUUUCGUGCCAUGGCGGCAGGGGACCAGCAAGAACUCGACCCCUUCGGGAAGCUCUUCUCGUCGUAUCUUGGCCUAAGCUUCGCGCUCUCUCUCGCCCACUUACCCACACAAGCAAUCUCUGCACUCUCAAGGCUCAAGACCCACAACAGGGAGCUGACGUUUCAGGUGUCAGAGGCGGAGGAGCAGCUAAAGGAGCUGCUUUUACGGCGGAAAGAGGACUCCAAGGCCAAUGCGAGGGUUGUGGAGAUCUUCGCGACCCACAGGCACGCCUGGCAGCGGAAAGAGAGGAGGCUGUUGCAGCAGAUCGACGAGGAGGCUGAGGAGGUUGCGCGGCUGAGGGAGAGGGUGGCGGAGCUGGAAAAGACGGAGGCCGAGCUCAAAAGGGCGGUGGGCGAGAGAGAUGAGAUGCUGGGUUUCUUGAGUAGUAGUGUAAAGACUGUAAAGACGGCACCUUUUUCUUCUCGCGAGGUGGAUUCUGGGAAUGGUGGUUGCUAUUCUGAGAUGGGGCUGAGAUUUGGGGAAAUGGGUGUUUGUGAAGAGAUGGAGGAAUGUUUCUUGGGGGGAAGGGUUAAUAGUGUGGAGGAGAAGAAUAUGUUCAGCCCAGAUUUCUUGAAUUCUGCUUCCAAAUUCUGGACUGAAAGAGCCAGUCCUUGGCCGGAUAUGCAGUAUGAAUCUCGAGAAUCGCUGUAUAAUUCGAAGCAUUAUGUAACAAGGGAGGCUGCUUGGAAAGAAUCAGCCGGGGUGUCGUCUAAAUUGAAACAACUCGAGCUGGAGCUAUUGAAUCUGGAAAUAGUUGGAAAGCCCGAUCUAUCGAAGGUAACAUCGCUAAUGCAAAAGCAGGCAGAGAUAUACCGAGCUAUUUCUGGGAAGAUUGAUGAUCUUUGCCAAAGAAUGCAGGAUAGUGAUCCCUGUGAACCAGCCCCGCUCGGUUCAGAGUUUCGAACACAAAAGCAAACAGAUUUUCUGCUCGAAGCAUUCCGGCUCCAGCAGCAUGCAUCUGAAACCGGGCAGAAACUCUUGGCACUACAGUCUAAAACGGGGAAGGCUCGUUGUGGGGAUGAUAGCGAAGGCCAAGCGAGCGUAGCUGCGAGAAGAUCGAUCGACCUAAUCAGAAACACCUUCAAAGAAAUCCAAAGAAGUUUAGAAAUAUGGCUGGCGAGAAUCAUCGGAGAUCUUGAAGGUAUUCUGGCCCGAGAUGGCGUUUCUCGUGCUAAGGACUAUUUCAUAUCUAGCUAUCCUCUUGUUCAGCAGUAGUAAGAUCCUAACUUGUUUUACAGUGUCAUCAUCAUCAUGAACAAAACAAUAAACAGUUCCCCCACUCCUCCCCCUUUUGACCUCUGUGGUUUUUAGCUGUACAUAUAGCUCCAGUUUUAACAGCAAAGAUUUGAAGGAGUUGAAUAUCUGAUCUGGUUAGAAUGUUGUCACAAAGGAUGUCUUACAAUGGAACAUUUCAAAUGCUUUUUUU